CUCAAUGUGUGUACAUUGAGGAUGCAACAAAUCGCCAUAAAAUAAAGAAAAACCCCUAAUUUCAAAUUCCUCCUGAUUUAAAAGAUUCCGAAUAUUCAUAAUCCCUAAAUAUUUAUUUGUAGAGAAGGUAUCUAACCAUUCAUCAUGGAAACAAAACAUUGGGGCGAUAUGCCAAUUGUUCCAGACACGGAAUCAGGUAUUGCUGCCCUGGAACGGGAACAUAUGAUUAAACCUCGGCCAAUGGAGGUGGAAGGGCCCCGACUUCAUCAGCCAUCCAGUAGACAUUAUCCUCCUUCUGUUGAGCCACUGCCUCCAGAGAGGUUUGCCGUUGACCCCCUGACUCUUCAUACCAUACAGCUGGUUCAGCAUGCCAAACGAUUGAGACAAUUGAUAUACAUGGCACAGCAACAGUAUGAGUGUGUGAAAAAUGGUGAAGGAGUAGAGAUGUUGAAUUUCCCACCAGUUCCUCCCAUUCCUGAAUACAACAGGUCGCUACCCAAACACAACAUAGCAAGGCCAGUCCCAUUUGAAGCAAGAGAUCUAGAAAGUGAUUUUUCAAAAGGAAAGGGAACACCUCCACCUGAAAUUGAUGACAUCACCAACAGACGGUUGUUGAGGAGGUCAGUGAGUGCAGUAUGUGCUCAUGCAGGAUAUGAUACCUGUCCAGAAAGCAUACUUGAAACAUUGACCGAUGUCACCCAGGAAUACUUCCUCAACCUAACCAAGGCAUUAAGGCAUGCUGUUGACAGAGAGGCAGCCACUGGAAAGACUGGAUUCCAGGAUGUUAUGGACCAGGCAUUCCACGAGAUGGGGAUAGGUUCGGUACGGUUGCUCCACGACUUCUACCAGAAUCGCAUUAUAAACUACCGCAAACAUAUGAUUCAACAGUGCAAUACCCUCAUGAUGGAGUAUGACAGAGUUAAAAACCCUGAGUACAGAAACACAGAAGAUUUUAAAGUGAUCAAAGUCAAAGAGGAGCCCAUCUCAGAUAUCCAUUUUCCUGUAUCUAAUGACGAAGAUGAUAAUGAAGCUGAACCAUUAGAUCUGCAAGGGUUGUCAAGCCUGGAUAACAUUCAGGUCGAACACGAGUCAUCUGGCCUCAACCAGGAAGAAGUCAUCCACAUCAAGAAUGAACCAAUAGAAAAAAGUUCCAUGUUAGACUCGUUUGAUGAGUCACCUGGUGAUCAUAGCCCUGUUGCCCACAUUGACCCCGAGGAGGAAGGAUUGAUACAAGCUCCGGGUUCAAUCCCUGUCACUGACAUCAUGUCUCCGCCACAGCCCAAGAAAAAGAGAAAACGGUGAUGUGGUUUCUCCAAAGGGAGUGGAGUUUUUCAUAGUCCAUUUUGAAGAGAUAUUCAAGCUAAGCAAUUUUAAAGAUUUUUCCCGAGGGAGGUUGAUCAUUACUUGGCUCAUAAAUAUAUUCUGUGGCUCAUGUUACAUUCUAUGGUAUUUCAAUUUUGAAAUAAAAUGUUGUGCGACUUUCGUUAAUGGGAUUGUAACAUUAUGAUCAUGAGAAUAUAAAAAAACAAGUUUUUAUACUUCGAUGUGUUCAUAUGAUAUAACUUUUUAGAGAUUUUCUAAAUCUGUCCAGACUGUCAAAGAAGUUGACCAUUUAACUGGAAAUGUCCACUUUUGUUGGCCUGGAGAGUUGAACUUAAAGAUACUGUUAAGCAGGUUUAAAUAUAAGUUAUACAUCCUUUUGUGGAUUACUAAGCUGACACGAUUAGAGGGUAUCAGAGGAAUUAAGCUUAGCUCCGGGAUUAAAGAACCUGUGUUCUGGGAACACAACUUUUGUGCUUUCUGUAUUUUAAAGUUACUGGACUGCGGUGUUCACUUUGUUUACAAAGUGCCCACUGAUGAUCACAAUGUUACAGCUCACAUUCCCGUUGUGCAGUUGUGGCAAUGAUUAUGUUAUUGAUCUGUC